AUGUUCAUGAAAAUUAUAUUUUUUAAUGAUGACCAUGGUGACCAUGGUGUUCAUGAUGUUCAUGAUGAUGUUCAUGAUGUGGUUCAUGAUGCUCAUGAUGCUCAUGAUGAUGUUCAUGAUGUGGUUCAUGAUGCUCAUGAUGUUCAUGAUGUCCGUGUUCAUGAUGUUCAUGAUGGUGUUCUUCAUGGUGAUGUUCUCCGUGAUGAUGUGAUCCUGGGAAAUGCAUUUUCAAUAGUUUUAGAAAUUACUAAUAAAAGAAAUAACUCUACUAAUAUUAUUUUUCAUUACUUUAUAUAG